AUAAAAAUAUCAAAUAUUGACUGUAAAGGAUGAAAAAUAAGCAAAGUUGAAAAGAGGAUGAUUUAUGAACAAGCAAGAUAAAAUGAUGUAUGAAGCUCCAAAGGAUAAUCUUCCAAUAUAGGAAUGUAUCAAUAGUAUUUUAGUUACAGUGUAUGAAUCACUUGAUGGAUCCCUUUUACAGGAAUAAUAGCCAUCCCUCUUAUAGUGGAGGGAUCCUACUUUAGAUAUAAUUAAAAAUACAUAGUGGAAAAUCCAUGAUAAAUCAGCUUUUCCCUAGUUUCCGUCGAGAUUCCCUUUCUUAGUGCGGCUGUAACGACUCUUGUCUAUGAGCUCGAUAUUGACCCGAGCUCGAUUUUGACUCGAGCUCGAUUUUGACUCGGGGCCCGGUAUUAAUUCGGGCUCAGUAUUGGUCGGUCUUUGACUCUUAAGCUCGAUAACAUCGCUUCGCAUCAUAGUUCGAUUUUGGCUUCGAGCUCGAUAAUGACUUCGAGCUCGGAAUUGAUCGGCCCCUGAAACUCGAAGCUCGAUAACCUGGCUUCGGAUCUCAUCCCGAUAUUAUGAAGACGCUCUUCGGUCCAUUAUGUUUCCAUCUCGACCAGUCGUUCGAAGGUCGAACUCGAUUUUGACCGUAUACAGAUAGUCCCCUCGUUUCUCGGGAAGGAUAUAGCGAGAAACGACAUAAUUUUCCAACAGUACGAUUAGAUAUAUACUGACGUUUGCAUUGAGUUCAAUCAUGACGUACGUGAUAGCUGUCCCGUCGGUUUAGUUUACCAAGGCAUUUAAUGCGUGUCAGACGAUGGUCGGCCACUGUUGAUACUGAACCAACAUUGCUCAAUCUAUAAAUAGCCCCUUUCUUUACCAUUUAUCACUUUUACAUCUCGAAUCUCCAAAUUUUCUAAAGUUCUUUCUUGCAUCUUCUGAGUUCAUCUGUAAAUCUGUGAUUUUGCACUGCAAAAAUCUUUCUUCUGUGAUUUUUACUGCAAAAUAUUUCUUUAAAAUAUUAGAUCUUUGUUAUCUCCUUCCUUUUUCGAUAUUUAAAUCCAAAAUGGCGAAAACAUCAAAAAUCGUUCCUCACAAAGAAAAAACUUCUUCUUCACAGUCUGCCGCCGUCAAUACACCGGUGGAACCACGGCCUGAGAAGUGUGUUCCAAGGGCAUGUGUUCUUAUCUCCAAUUUUAAGGUCGAUAAAGCCUCGUCGGUGCCUGGUCGAUGUGAACCAGUAUCGAGGUAUAUCUGCUCGAUAACUAAGGGACACCUCGAGCAGCUGAGAAAAGAUUGUAAUUGGGAGAAAAUAGAAGUGAUAAUCUCGGCUCCCGAAGAAGAUAUUACUACUUAUGUGAAAGGGUUUUUAAGUGUGUAUACUUACCCUUUCACAUUGGGCCCUUUCGACCCUGUCAUUAUCGAUUUUUACCGUCAAUACCAAAUAACCCUAGGCCAAAUCCAUCCUUCCUUUUGGCGGAUCGUUAUUCUGAUCCACUUUUUUGUGAACAAGAUCGAGGGGAUGCCUUUCACCCUCGACCAUCUUAUUAGACUGUAUAGCCCCCGCCUCUAUCGAGGUGGGCAAAUAAAACUCCAGCGCCGGGCUAACAAAGUGCUCUUCUCGAGCAUAGACGAGGACAAGGACCGGGGUUGGAUGGGCAGGUUCGUUCGAGUGAAGACCUCCGAUCUAAUCUCGGCCGAGCAGAUUCCAUUCCCUGAGGAGUGGAACAUGAAGCUGGUAGCUUGGAUGCCCGGUGCUAUUUUUGACCUUAAGAGUUGGGUACAGGCCCUGGCUUCGACCUCUAUAUAUGCUGAGCGCUCGUGGUGUGAUUUGUCAAAGGGCUGAUGGGAGGCCAAAAAUCAUGGCUUGGGCAAAGAUGCGGUCAUGAGGCCCCCGUCUGGUGAGAAAGAGACUUCGGCCCCAGUUUUGAAACUGACGAAGGACAAUAAGAGAAAAAGGGCCUCUACUUCUGAGGAUCCAGAAUCCAAGACAAGGACGGCUCGUAAGCCGAGGAGGAAAAUUAUCCCUCUCACCGAAGAAUCCGUUCGACGUCUGAGGGAUAGAGACGAAGAAGAAGAAGAAGUUGACGGGUCCGUACUGGUAGCCCGAGUGAAGAAAAACAUCGAUGCCCUAAUGGCAGCUGGAUCGAUGAUGGUUUAUGAAGCUCCGCCUCGAACUGAGGGGAUAUCGAAGAAAGAUUCGGGUAGAAUCCCCAAAUCAUUAGAGAUCGAGGAUGCUUCCCACCGAAGUCAACAAACGGUGGGUAUAUCUGAAAGGGACGGUCCUGAAGCUCUCGAAACUGAGGAGAACGACCCAAGCGAGUCGCUUAGGGCAAUAAUAAUCGGAGACUCGUCCACUCUCCCUUCUUUUUCCAAAGGGGCGAUUCGGGAAGCCCAAGCUUUGGGGGCCCUCGAGGUAGACCGGUCUCAUGAAGGGGAGGACCCCUUCCGUGAUUUGUUUACUGGUGUCGAGGAUGUUGCUGGCCCUAGUGAUAUGUCAGGCCUUUUCUGUGAAGUGCAACAAGCUCUGAAUCGGGUCGCAGCGGUUCAUCGAGAAGCAUGUUCUCAAUCUGGAGCUGAGCUGCGUCGGUACGAGGCCGACCUUCGACAGGUCACGGAGGAGAGGAAUGCCCUUAGACUCCUCUUCGAACAAAGGAAAGAUGAAAUUAAGGACCUUUGAGCUGAAUUGGCCAAGGCUCAUCAAGACCAGACUGACCUGACCGAGCAGCUGCAGCAGAAGCUUGAGAUGAUUGGGAAGCUUCGUGAGGAGGUCGAUAUGAUAAGGGCAGAUACCUUGGGAUGAAAAGAUGGCAUGCACCGUCUUGCCGCAGAAAAAGAAACUGCUCGACCCAAUUAUCAUCACCCGAAAACUAACUUCAAAGCAUGAAGGAGAAGAGCUCGGUUCAAGCAAGAAAAAUAGAGGAGCUCGAGGAACUGUUGGCCUCCAAACUUGCCAAGGCCAAAUCUGACGCCGAAAAAGCAAGGGCCAACGUGGAUGCAUUCGUGGCUGUCUAUCAGGCUGAUGCAGAAGCUGCUCAGGUACAAGCAAGAGAGGCAGCCGAGACCACUAAAACUCGAGCACAUUGGGUUGCUGAACUUGCCAAAUGCCAAUCUCGGAGGGUGACCCUCGAGGAGAUCCAUGUUCGAGGUUUCGAACUCACUGAGGAGAUAAAAAGGGCUAAAGAGCUCUAAGCCAAUGAUGACGAUGAUGAUGAUGGUAGCAAGAGUGGGUCUGAGAGCGGGGAGGAGCUCGAUGGAGAAGAGACCGCCUCCGGAGAUAACCAGGAGACUUAGAGUGUUUUUUCCUAUUUUUUGUGUAGGGUCCUGUUCGGACGUUGUAAACACUCUUGUAUAUAUAUAAAGAUAUUUUCCU